AUGGCUGCCACUAUUUCCAUCAAGAAGCAGCAAAAUCGAACAGAGUCUUGCAAGAUGCAGAUUCUCGUCGUCGGCGCUGGUCUCGCUGGCCUGGGAUCGGCUAUUAGCUGUUCUCUCGCCGGCCAUGAGGUCCACGUUCUCGAAGCUGCCCAAGAAAUCCGAGAAGUCGGCGCGGGGAUCCAAGUCCUUCCGAAUAGUUCUCGCGUGCUGCAACACUGGGGACUCGAAGAAGCCUUGCAACCACACAUGACGUCCCCUCGCGUAUGUAACUUUUUGGGGUGGAAAGGAAACUUUAUAUCCUCGCUGGAUUUUCAUGAGUCGGAGAAGCAAUUCCCGGGCACUUGGUACCGCGACUUUCAUCGAGCAGAUCUGCAGCGGUGUCUCGUGGACAGGGCAGUGGAGCUGGGUGUACGCCUUACCUGCAAUACUCGGAUCGAAGAUAUUACUGUCCAUGCGGACGGGGUGACAGUGACGGCCACUGCUGCAGAUGGCAGACAAUGGAGCGCGGAUUUAGUGAUUGGGGCGGAUGGAGUAUUUGGGAACCUGACGGAGGGGCUCUUAGGUCGAAGUAACCCUCCGGUCAAGACUGGUGACCUGGCAUAUCGUCUUCUACUGUCAGCGGAGGAGAUGCGCAGAGAUCCUGAGCUGGUGGCUUUUGUGGAGGAUCCGCAAGUGAAUUACUGGUUAGGGCCAGAUGCUCAUGCUGUUAAUUACGUACUUCGAACAAAGAACAUGUUCAACAUGGUACUGCUAGUACCAGAUGACAUCCCGGAAGGAUCCCUGGCAACUACUAUCGAAGGAAAUGUUGAAGAGAUGUGUGCUUUAUUUAAAGGAUGGGACCCACGAAUCCAAAAACUCCUAAAGCUCUGCAAAUCAGUCCAGAAAUGGCGUCUCUGUAUCCGAUUUGGUGACCACCACUGGACUCACCCAUCGGGGGCCUGGGUCAUGUUGGGCGAUGCGGUGCAUGCCACUCUGCCAUAUCUGGCAUCUGGUGCUGGAAUGUCCUUUGAAGACGGUGCUGUUCUCGGUGAAUGUCUGUCUCGCCUUCCCAACAGUCCAGACAUCGCCAAACACUCCCCUGAUUUUUUGGAUGCAAAACGGCAUGCUCUGGCUGUGUUUGAGAAAUGUCGCAAGGAGCGGACUCGAAUGGUGGUUGAUCGAGGGAACGUACAACAGCAUUUGUACCACCUCCACGAUGGACCCGAGCAGCAAGAAAGAGAUCGAAAUAUGCAGAUGGCCCCUACACCAGAGGGCGAGGCCCUCGCUUGGAGAGAUCCCAGUUUGGCGCCGAAAUUACUGGGAUAUGAUCAUAUUGCUGAUGUUGAUACGCACUGGGGUUUACAAGAGGAUGAUGCGGUUGAAUCCCGGCUAUAG